AUUUAGAGAGGGAGAGUAAGAGAACGAGAGAGAGAAGGGGAAGUGGAAAUGGGGAGAGCACCCUGCUGUGACAAGAAGGGGUUGAAGAAGGGGCCAUGGACGCCUGAAGAAGAUGAAAUGCUUAUUGAAUACAUCAAGAAAAAUGGGCAGGGUAACUGGCGUUCCCUUCCCAAGCUAGCAGGUCUUCUUCGUUGUGGGAAAAGCUGCCGCCUAAGAUGGACGAAUUACCUCAGGCCGGACAUCAAAAGAGGCCCAUUUACCUCGGAGGAAAAGGAGCUUGUUGUGCAUUUACACGGUCUUCUUGGAAACAGGUGGGCUGCAAUCGCCUGCCACUUACCUGGGAGGACAGACAAUGAGAUCAAGAACUUGUGGAACACCCACCUGAAGAAGCACAUGCUUACGAGGCAACCUGGAACCCCCUCUGCUCGCCACAUGGUGCAGUGGGAGAGUGCCAGGGUCGAAGCUGAGGCCCGACUCUCGAAGGAACCAUCAGAGCUUUUGGUUCCAUCACAGUCUGUGGGGCCCGCAACAGACUUCUUCAUGCGGCUGUGGAAUUCAGAGAUUGGAGAGUCGUUUAGGAAGCUCAGCACAAGGGAGAAAGUUGCUGAUGAUAAUGGAAGUCUGGCAUGUGAGACCUCUUCUUCAUCAAUGAAAGGAGGCAGCGGGUUGGAAGAAAUGACUUGGACCGAUGAGUUGGAAGAUUCGUCUGAAUUGGCAAUACAUCUUCUUUUGGAUUUCCCUGCAUAUGAUGAUGACAUGAGCUUCUUUGAAGUUUGAAUUAUUCGUCUGGAGAAGUUAGUGUUUUCGCCUCUCCCUAUAGUGAAAGAGAGACUUCCAAAUCCUGAGCUGGUUGUUUGUGUUUUAGUUUGGCUCCAGCCUGCAUCAAUAGCUUUUUUGCAUCUCUUCUUUGUCAAGUACUCUUGAUGAUGCUUGAGCACAAGACAUCAUCAUGUUGUUAUGGUAACAGUACAAGUCAUUGUCUUAUGUUUUCAGUGUCCCAAGCGUCUUGACCAAUUUUCCACAUUAAACCACGGUUUAAAUUUUUAGUUCGAACCGCAUCGCCAGUCUACACAGUUUGGUUUUAGUUUUCUAUCAAAACUGUACCCGACAUGGUGGCCUUUAAUCUAAACAUCUGCUAUCUGUAAUAAACCGCACCAGGUGUGAUAUUCAUAUCUAGACCUUUACUUAUGUCCAAUUAUGUUUUUGGUGUAUUCAGUAUUUCUCAAUAUGUUUCUUACAACUGUUUGUAUCAAUUUUAGCCUUCUAGGAUUACAAAUUCAGGUGGCUCCAUUUAAGUGCAGAAAUACAGCAUUUGGUAAACAAAGAUCAAAUUUUAUAAAGCAUGUACUCCGUAUACUUUUCAUUUAUGGGUUUGCCUCGAAAGAGUGUCUUUCGGUAUGGAUUUAAAAUAUACGACUAUAUAUUGUUCAUUUAUGGGGUUUGUCUUUUGAGAGUAAGGCUUGAAUGUUGUUGUGCUUGAUUAUAUAUUUACAUAUUAAAUCUUGAACUUUAAAUAAAUUAAGCAAAAGCAGAUAUUGCACCAAGCUGCAUCACAUUACCGAGU